GCGAACGAGAUUGGUGAAACCUUGCAUGUGCAUCAAGGUGGCUAAGCUUCCGCCGGAUAACGCCGCCGGCGCCAAUUUCAGGCACCCUGAAGGCGGCGGCGGCGGCGGCGGCGGCGGCGGCGGAGAAUACCCAGUGUUUGCUUCGCCGGCGCCGGUGGUAUCCUCGUUGCUGACUUCGUCGUUCUUGGAGAAGGAGAGGUCGGAGAUGGUGAAAGUCCUUGCGCGCGUGAUCGCCGGAGAUCGCGCUCGUCUCGGCGGGCAGAAGAGGACUAGGGAGGGCUUCUCGGCAAUCAGCGAGGAAUCUCCGAGGUUCCACUUCAGCUUUGCGGAGCCGUCGUCGUCGAUUGGCGGAACAGAGCAUGCCAGCGCAGCAGAGUCGGGGGGAAUCGGUUCCACCUCCACCGCCUCCGGAGCAGAGCAAGGAGGGAGAAGAAAAUACAGGGGAGUCCGGCAGCGUCCGUGGGGGAAAUGGGCGGCGGAGAUACGCGAUCCGCGCAAGGCCGCCCGCGUCUGGCUCGGCACCUUCGACACAGCCGAGGGCGCCGCCCGGGCCUACGACGAGGCCGCGCUCCGCUUCCGCGGAAACAGAGCCAAGCUCAAUUUCCCCGAGGAGGCUCAGCUCAGGCAGCCUUCCCCUGCCGCGUCGACGCAAGCCCCCGCGCCGACGGAUUUCGCCUCUCUAGCUGCCCUCCUGGACCCGUACCCCGACGGUGCCGCAGCCGUCGACGAUGGCAUGAGAGAAUACUUGGAGUACUUGAGGCUUCUCGAGGGAGAAGGAGAACACCUGAGCACGGCAGCGACGCACUCCGCGGCUCCUUCUACCUCGGCCGCUGACGUUGCUCCCUUCAACGAUACAGUUAAGAAAUAGAGCACGAGGUGUGGAAUUUAUUCAAUCU